GUUAACUCACAGAAGAAGAAGAUAAAGCGUACUGUCAUCUCACAGAGAAAAUCAGUAAGCGCUGAGGUCAUAUGCUUGAAGGUUUCACAAGGUGUACCUGGACGUUACCUGUGGUCGUUUAGCAAGAAGUGGAAAGAAUGUCUGGAGAUUUGCCUCUGAAUAUUAACAUUAAGGAACCACGAUGGGACCAGAGCACAUUUAUGGGCCGCGCUCAGCACUUCUUCAUGGUUACGGACCCGAGAAACGUCCUGCUGUCCAGUGAGGUUUUAGAGGAUGCCAGAGUUACUGUGGAGAACUACAGGUUGGGAGUUGUUAAGCCCGGGCUGACAGAGGAUCAACUGUGGAGGGCCAAAUACAUCUACGAUUCUGCUUUCCACCCUGACACAGGAGAGAAAAUGCUGCUAAUUGGACGCAUGUCUGCACAAGUGCCCAUGAACAUGACCAUUACGGGCUGCAUGCUUACCUUUUACAGGACAACCCCAGCAGUGGUAUUUUGGCAGUGGGUUAAUCAGUCUUUCAACGCCAUUGUCAACUACACUAACCGCAGUGGAGAUGCAGCACUCACUGUGAAUCAGCUUGGAGCAGCCUACGUUAGUGCUACCACAGGUGCUGUAAUAACAGCCCUUGGCCUGAAGUCUCUGACCAAGCACUUACCAGCUAUUAUUGGGCGUUUUGUUCCAUUUGCUGCAGUAGCAGCUGCAAACUGUAUCAACAUACCCUUCAUGAGACAAAGAGAGUUAAAGCAUGGUAUUCCUGUCACUGAUGCUGAGGGAAAACGCCUUGGGGAAUCAACUAAAGCUGCUCAGCAAGCCAUCGUACAGGUGGUGGUGUCUCGUAUUGGCAUGGCAGUUCCAGCCAUGGCUAUUCCUCCAGUUAUCAUGAAUGCCUUAGAGAAGAAAGCCUUCAUGAAGCGGUUUCCAGUUCUCAACGCCCCUGUACAAGUUGGGCUUGUUGGAUUCUGUCUGGUGUUUGCCACUCCACUGUGCUGUGCUCUGUUCCCACAGAAGAGUUCUAUGAAGGUGAGCAGUCUGGAGCCUGAGCUUCAAGAGAGGAUACGACAAAGCAAUCCUCAUACCACCACUGUUUAUUUCAACAAGGGUCUGUAGAGGCCUUUAGGUCGAAGUCCAUACGAAUGUACUCCACUGCACUGGAGGUUAGUGGGCACAACAUGAAGGGUAGAACAUAUUUGAUUUUGUUACGCUGUUCUAAUUUAUAUAUUUUUUGUCACUUUUACCCUUGUUAUUGUACAAUCCUAAAUCACCAGUCUGUAUAUAUUCAAAGGUCAACAUUUGCGGCUGGAUUUAUUUGUUAUUUGGAUGCUUGAAUGUUAGAAAUUAGUGCCAUCCUGAUUCUACAUACAUUGACAACCCACAUAUUUAGACUUUUUUUCCAGUUUAUAGAAUGUUUGAUGUGAUAUGCCGUGUCAUAAAUAUCUUUUUCGCCCUCUACUUUUUCAUUACUAUUAUUUAUUCUAGAUUAGCCUAUGCAUUUUGUUAUUGCAUAUUGUCAUUUUAUCUUUGUAAGAGGCUUAAAACAUUUCUAAGAUUGUGGCUCAAAUAUCUGACCUAAAUCACUAACAUGUACAGAAAUUCAUUUUGUACUCAACCUUAUCCUGCCAAAUUAACAUUUCCACCUGCAUGCCACAUUAUGUGCCAGUUAAGUGCACUUAGACUGGGUGCAGUAUGCCUUUCUCUCUAUACAGCAAAAUGUGGAAACACUCCUAUGAGCACAUCAAACUGCUUACUUUUGGGGCGACUAUCACUGGCGUACAACUAUGCUUCCUAAGGCCAUACUUGAUUGUGUUUUCUGUUUAAGCCUUGUAGGCCUGUGUGGUUUGAAAUAAUUGCAAAUGUCUCUAAGAAGUGACUUUGACAUUUGGUUGUAUGGAGAUUGUAGUUUGUGUGUUGUUAUUGAAGAAUGGUCAAAAUAAUUUCUAUUUAAAUAUUUCAUAAUUAGUAUUACCCAUUGAAUGUAUGAAUAAUUUCCCCAGUCUAAUGUGUCUGGGACAUGGGUUAAAGAGGCACUACAGAUCUUUUUGGCAGUUUAUAUAUAUAGAUGCACAUGAUCUAUAGAUGAAAUAUGCUUAUAUUUAGAGUAUAAAGAAAGAGUUGCUUCUUAUGCCCUACAUUGUUUGGAUCAUGAAACCUCUCCGACACCUGCAAUUGUGGGAACAAGCAAUCAUAAUUAUUUAUCACUUUCAUUAGGAAUAUGUAAUGUGCUGUACCAAUAUAUAUGAUAAUGUCAGUCACAGUAGCUGAUGAUAUAACCUUAAGUUAUACAUACUAAUACUCCUGUAACCUGAGCGUGUAUGAACAAAAAUGUGUUUUUCCUGACAUAUUGUGGUAAUGUUACAGUGUUAGCUUGUGUUGUUUCUGUGGAUGACAUUAACAAAGCUGUACAGUGAUUAUUUUCCAUCAACCACUUCAUGUUGUUAUUUUCUUCAUGUACUUUGAGAGGCAGUAAAGCUCUGUUACUUUUUGCCCUGAGCACUCCAUGUAGGCAAAUAUUUUUAGAACUAAUAUCUAAAGCACAUUUUAUGUUACACAAUAAGCAUUUACAAUAAGCAGAUGAAAAAAAAAAAGGGUAUUUUUGUAACCCAGUGGAAAACCCCACCAAUGUCUGGGGAUAUAAUGUAUAGUUGGAUAUAAUGUAACUGUUGGAUAUGUUAUGCAAAUAUGACUACUUGAUUGUGAUUUAUAUGAAAUGGUUUGUUCUCCCCUCUGGGUGCUCUCUUAAAAACCGAAACCACAGACCAGUUAAACCACAUGCUGUCUAGACUCGUUCUUCAUUUGAGUAAUGCACAAUGUACCAACAAAUUUCAGUUGGUCUUGUAAUGCUUUACACAGUAAUGCUCAGCAUAAUAGAUUAAGAAUUCCUGAAGUGAAACCAGGGUGUUGGCUCGACAGACAGUAUACAUUCAGUACUGUCAUAUAUAUCUGAGACCAGAAAAUACAGCACUUUCUCAGUCACACAGAACCAGCUUACUGCCUGUAAUGUUGUAUUAGCAGAACACCAAAAUGUUUGUGAUUGUAAAUUGCACUAGACCACUGAUAAACAACUGUAAAAGGAAGAGGCUGUUGUUUGGAGAAAAACAGAGAGAACCUACAGUGAUCAUAACAGUAUGUAUUACCUUCUGUAUACUAAAUAUAACAUUUAUACUUGUCCGUUAAGAAUAACCAAGUAAUUUUGUCUUGCUAGGAUCAAAAUGUUUUUGAAUGAAGUUACAAAUUCAAUGAAGAUUCUUGUCACCAAAUGCUCUUGAAGUAAAUAGUUCCUUUCAGACCUGGAAAGGACAGAGAAAUGCAAGCGUAGUCAUUUUAAAAGAUCAGUAUGAUUUCCUGUUGCACCAUGAAAACCCACUAUAGCACAAUUAGUCUGGUCAUUUUUGGUGCUUAUUGCAAGUUUUUAUUUUUCCAGCAUUUUGUAUUGUUUUGUUACAGCCUUGUGUGUAUUUUAUCUGGAACUACUGUAUGUAAUAAAGAUAUUUUAAAAAGUC